AUGCAAGACUGUUCUUAUUUUGCUACCAAGUAUUUACUUGAACAAAUACAACUCAUUCUCAAUUCUGCUACACUUUCAACACCAAACAAACAGGUAAUGAUAUCAUAUACAGAUGAAAAUGAUAAAGAUGAAAAUGAUUCAACUUCUAAAAUAACAUCUUCUAAUUUGUUAGCUUUUAAUAAUACUUUAAAAAAACAAACUACAUUAUUCAAAUAUAUUGGUCGUUCACUUACUGCUUCAAAAAUUUCUAAAUUUGAGUAUCUUGUACUUUGGACAACUGUUUCAGCUAGAUUUGCAUUUUGGUGA